UGAUGCCAAUCCCCAGGCUCCCCGUCGACACUGAGCUCGCGCCCUUGGACAUUCUCUUCCCCAAUCCCCUUCCUUGGCUCGCGCUCCCCCGCUCAUUCUCGCGCCCCCAAUCCCGCCGGCGGACGCGCCGCCACCGUGUCCCUGUCUCCUCCCGGCGUAGACCGCCCGCCACCCUCCGCAGGAUUUACAUUUCUGUGCCUCCCCCUGGCUGGCGGCCAUGAUUGACUGCCCGCGGCUGCUUCUUCCUGCCGCUCGCGCCGCUCCUUACCCGCGGUCCUCUGCUUGCCCGAGGCUAGACACCGGGCACGCACCCUUCUCGCUUUCAUACCGGCGCCGCCGCCGGUCUUCAGUUCAGGUGCAAUCUGCAUCCACCGGGGCGGGGAGCCAGUCAAGCGUCGUGGACGAGUCGGAGACCGUCGAAUGGGCCAUGCAGGACUUCUACGCUUUGCGCAAGGAAGUUGAGUUGGCCGUAGAGCGUGUCGAUGAAGUCAGGCAGGCUGCUGGGCUGGAACAGCUUGUGGAGGAAAUCGCUUCGCUCGAGAACAAGUCCGGAGAUAGUACCUUGUGGGACGACCCUUCCAAGGCGCAGGAGUUGCUUGUUGCUCUGACAGAGGUCAAAGAGAAAGUCAGGCUUCUCAAUGAUUUUAAGUUGCAGGUUGAAGAAGCAGAUACCAUUGUGAAGCUUACAGAGGAGUUAGAUUCCAUAGAUACAGGUCUUCUUGAGGAGGCCUCAAAGAUUAUAAAGGCAUUGAAUAAAGCACUAGACAAUUUUGAGAUGACACGGCUUCUUUCUGGACCUUAUGACAAGGAAGGUGCUGUAAUUACUAUUUCUGCAGGUGCUGGGGGCACAGACGCCCAAGACUGGGCUGACAUGUUACUCAGGAUGUAUGUUAGGUGGGGAGAGAAGCAGCGCUACAAGUCAAGAGUGGUAGAGAAAUCGCCUGGCGAAGAGGCUGGGAUAAAAUCAGCAACCGUUGAAUUAGAGGGAAGAUAUGCCUAUGGGUAUCUUUCAGGGGAGAAAGGGACACACAGGAUUGUCCGGCAGUCUCCAUUCAAUGCUAAAGGCCUUCGACAGACCAGCUUUGCUGGUGUUGAGGUCAUGCCUCUUUUACAGGAGGAAUCCUUGGAUGUAGAAAUUCCUGAAGAGGAUCUGGAGAUAAGUUUCACGAGAGCUGGAGGGAAAGGAGGCCAGAAUGUAAACAAAGUGGAGACGGCUGUUCGCAUGGUCCAUAUUCCCACUGGCAUCGCUGUUCGUUGCGCAGAAGAGAGGAGUCAGCUAGCAAACAAAAUAAAGGCCCUAAGACGGCUGAAAGCAAAGCUUCUGGUGAUUGCAGAGGAGCAGCGUGCGUCAGAGAUCAAGCAGAUCCGUGGUGACGCUGUAAAGGCAGAGUGGGGGCAACAGAUACGAAACUAUGUCUUCCACCCCUACAAGCUUGUCAAGGACGUCCGAACGGCGUGUGAGACGUCAGACAUCGGUGGUGUCAUGGACGGCGAGCUGGAUCCCUUCAUCAAAGCCUACCUUCAGUACAAGCUCUCUGCUGCUGCCGACGAACAAAGCGCUAAAUGAUUAUGACAUCGAAAAUUCAAGGUGGUAGUAGAAAUUUUGAUGUGAAGUUUUUUUCGAUAAAGGGAAUAUAUUAAUA